AUCUAAUAACCAUUAUUGUAGGCAAACUCAACUAAAGGCAAUGUUCAUCCCAAGAACCUUUCAAAUCUAAAACAUAAGCUCUCAACAUGUCUAUGAACAACUCUCGAUAUUUCUUUUUCAUUUCCUCAUUCCUCAUCCAACUUUUAUGUUGUUCCCUUCUCGUUAUGGGUACUCUACUACAACUUCACAAGAGUUAUGCCAUGCCUUCUUUAUAAUUUCUGUAAUAUCCCAAAAUUUUGGGAAUAUUAUUAUAUAAGUUAGGGACUUAUUUUGGAGAAAAUAUUAUUAUAGGAUUUAAUAGUAAAAAUUUUGAAACUCGAGGGACUUAAAGAGGGAAAUUUGGAUAAGGAUGGCUUAUUUCUUUUUUUUUUUCCUUCUUUCUUUCUUCCUCAUCCCAUGUGCUUCUGCUCUUCCCGACCCCCCCUGCAGCCGAACAAAAGAAGCCCAGCCCCUACGCCUUUCUUCUUGAGAAAACCGGUAAGAGGCUUGGUUUUUGCCUUUCUUUUCUUGUUCGAAAACCAGAUUGGAGCCUUAAAACCUUCUCCCCUUGCAGAGAAAAUUUCCAGAUCUACUCUGCUUUGUCUUCACUGUUGGCUGCUAUGUGGGUGGGUGAUUUCUGGGCAUUUUUUCGGCCGUGAGCUUCUUCUCCAAAUUCCCGCUGGCAACUUCCCCAACUGCAGCUCCGGUUUUAGCUGGAGAAUUCUAGUUCUUGAGUGUUCUGUCACCCGAGCACUGGUAUUGAAUCUUCGGUUUAUGCGAGUGAGGUAAGUAAAUUUAUAAUAAUGCCCGUACAAUUUUUAAAAGCAUGUUUUGACUUGUUUUUGAAGUGGUGGUGGGACUAAACCCGUUUUAUACAAAAGUAAGUAUGACUGAUUUGAAGUGAAAUUUUUAUGCUUUUCAUUAAAUCGAGCAUGCCUACUUGAAAUUUAAUUGAUUGUCCUGAUGAUUUGAAAGUGAUUGGUGAAUUAUGAUUUUUCUGUUAACUUUUGCCUGUUUUGUCUCCGAUGUGGUUAUGUUAUUAAUGAUCCUGCUAGUGGGGGUUAAACGCUAGCACAUGUCGACAUGUUAUUGAUAGAACCGGUUCAUUCAAGUGUAGCCUGCCAGUGGGAGGUUUAAACACUGGCCAUGACCGAUAGAGGAGACAUCUAUUUUGCUCCUGUACUGUAACCGUUUUUUUCGUGAUUACACUUGUUAGCAUGUUAUAAGUUUAAUUAAGGGCUCUCCAUAUUUUACUUACUGAGUUUACCUCAUAGUUUUUCCUUGUCCACCAUUUUAGGAAGCGAAACCGAGGACGGGGAAACCACGAGAAGUGACGAGUUAGAAGGCUAGCCAUUUCGAGAUUGAUAUAGAAUUUAGAUAUAAAUCACGAUCUUGUAAGUUAGAUUGUAUCUGGAGAUUUUAUGAUAUCAGAGCAAUUUUAAAAUUUUAUCUUCAGAUUUUGUGGUAUCAAAUUGUGAUAUGAUUAAGUUCCGAGCCUUGUGCAUUC